CUUUACUUGUGACUUGUUAAAAAAAGGCGGAGAGACCCACCCACCCAUCACUCGCAUUUACCGUGUAGAAAGAGCGAAGUUGAAGGUCGCUCACGUUUUGCUCCUUCUUCUUCAGAGAUUUUGACUGUUAGGUUUCUCGAGGAUCUGUGUCGUAUGAGCCUCGGGUUUUGAAGAAGAUGGAUCUAUCUUCCCAACGACAAUCCCCAAAUGGUUCCAGGGGGUUUCGCCUUCAAGCUCCAUUGGUGGAUUCCGUAUCUUGCUACUGCAGAGUAGAUUCAGGUCUCAAGACCGUUGUAGAAGCUAGAAAGUUCGUUCCUGGCUCAAAGCUUUGUAUCCAACCCGACAUCAACCCCAAUGCUCAUCGUCGCAGCAAGAACUCUAAGCGAGAGAGGACAAGAAUCCAACCUCCGCUUCUCCCUGGCCUCCCCGACGACCUAGCCGUCGCUUGUCUCAUCCGUGUCCCUCGUGCAGAGCAUAGGAAACUCAGGCUUGUGUGUAAGAGAUGGUACAGGCUUGCUUCUGGUAACUUUUUCUACUCUCAGAGGAAGCUACUUGGGAUGUCUGAAGAAUGGGUUUAUGUUUUUAAGAGAGAUCGUGAUGGGAAGAUCUCUUGGAACACGUUUGAUCCUGUCUCCCAGCAUCCUCAGCCGCUUCCACCUGUUCCUAGAGAGUAUUCUGAAGCUGUUGGGUUUGGUUGCGCUGUUCUAAGCGGUUGUCAUCUUUAUUUGUUUGGAGGUAAAGAUCCGUUAAGAGGAUCAAUGAGGAGGGUUAUUUUCUAUAAUGCCAGGACGAAUAAGUGGCAUAGAGCACCGGAUAUGCUUAGGAAGCGACACUUCUUUGGUUCUUGUGUCAUUAACAACUGCUUGUAUGUAGCGGGUGGGGAGUGCGAAGGGAUACAGAGGACACUACGCUCAGCUGAGGUUUAUGAUCCGAACAAGAACAGGUGGAGUUUUGUUGCUGAUAUGAGCACAGCGAUGGUGCCUCUUAUCGGUGUGGUUUAUGACAAGAAGUGGUUUCUCAAGGGUCUUGGCUCUCACCAACAGGUCAUGAGUGAAGCUUAUGACCCUGAGACUAACUCAUGGAGGCCGGUCAGUGACGGGAUGGUUACCGGUUGGCGAAACCCGUGUACUUCUCUAAACGGUCGUCUCUACGGAUUGGACUGUAGAGACGGGUGUAAGCUCAGGGUGUUUGAUGAAACCACGGAUUCAUGGAACAAGUUCAUGGACAGUAGAGUACACUUGGGAAACUCGAGGGCGCUUGAAGCUGCGGCUCUUGUCCCGCUGAACAAUAAGCUUUGUAUAAUACGGAACAACAUGAGCAUGAGUCUGGUUGAUGUAACGAAUCCUGAUAAGAACAACCCUCGAGUAUGGGAAAACAUUGCGGUGAAAGGACAGUCCAAGAGCAUACUAAGUAAUUUAUGGUCGAGUAUCGCAGGGAGAGCUGUGAAAAGCCAUAUUGUGCAUUGCCAAGUGCUUCAAGCCUAAUGUUGAGAAGAAACUCAAACCACAUUGAGUUUCCAAGAAGAGAAGCAGCUCUUGUUUGCUGGCUCAGUAACUGUUUGAGAUAGAGAGAAUCUUCGCUACAAUCUCACCAACCGAAUGAAUCUACACAGAGGCGAAGAACUCAAUGUCUGGUCUUAACAGUCGUACAAGAGUCGAAGAGAGUAUAAAAACAGACAUGGCCAUGUCUUCUGGUGUUGUUAAUCUUUGUUAGUAUUCAUAGGAAGGUGGCCUUCUAAAUGGUUUUAGCAAUUGUUAUUGACAUUUUGUUCUCUGUGGUCUGUAAAUCUCUCAAGUAUUUUGUCUAUAAUUCGAAUCAAAUCUUAAAUAUGAAUAGUUCAAGCCA